CACACGGAAGCCCAGGAAGGAUGGACCAGAGAAUGUCUAAUAAGGGAAAAACUUCCACUCUCGGGAAAAUUCCGGGUUGGUACAAUGGGGCUAAUAGGGAGUGAGAUAGGGAGUGAACAGGCUCUCCAUAGACAGGCUCUGGAUGGACCUUCGCCUUCACGAAGACAAGAGGAGGACGGUUAAUGAGUCCCAUUGUACCGAAUUAGGUUGCAGUUCCACCAGAGUUCCACUGGGGGUGAUCACAGGCGAAGAUGGCUGCAUCAUUACACCGUGUAGACUCUGUGGGCAUACUCUCAAGACUCGGUGGGUUAGGCUGCAUCAUACGCAGGACCUAUUCUGUCAGAGGACCCCUUUCUCUGUGGCAUGUGGACACAAACUACAAAUUAAUCAGGUGAUGUGCCUGAGUGCAACCACCAACAACCUGGCAUCCACCGCAUGUUCUGCCUUCAAGAAGGCUACUGAGCGGCAUGGCAUUCCUUCAAGAGUCAGAGGUGAUCAAGGCAUUGAGAAUGUGACAUUGCCAGAUUUAUGGUCAGCGUUCGGGGAACUAACAGGGGAAGCUUCAUGUCAGGGAAAAGUGUUCACAAUCAAAGGAUUGAACGUCUGUGGUGGGAUGUCAGGACCUGUGUCACCUCAAAGUAUUACAACAUGCUUUGGAGUCUGGAGUGGGAUCAGCUACUUGACGUUUCCUCCACAAAAGACCUUUUCUGCAUCCACAUGGUAUUCCUCCCAAAAGUGGAGAUGGACCUUGAACAUUAUGUGGAAGGUUGGAACCACCAUCCAAUCGGGACAGAAUAUAACAGAACUCCACACUUGAGCAGUUAUGGCAGUUGGGUUUGAUGAACACCGAUAUUGAACAGCCAGAAAAUAUUGAGGUAUGUUCUCCUAAAACCACAAUUAUUGUGAUUCAAGUGAUUUCAUUAAUCUUUGGAUAUUGUUCUGUGCUAGGACAUUGAGGAGCCAGACAUUGACUGGGACAUUGCCACAGACCACGAUGGUGAGACGCAAGGGGCGAUUGUGGUUCCUGAAAUUGAGUGUCCUUUGAGUGAAGAACAAAGUGAAGGUGUUCAGUCACUCAUUCAAGACAAUGACCCAGUUUCACCUGUAAGGGAACUGUACUUGCUAUGCCGUGAAUAUUUGUUUGGCAUGGGUUAAUACUUAAAGGUUUGUAAAUAAAGACGAUCAUGGGUACAUCAAAGUUGGUUUGUUGUGGAUUGGGACAUUGUUGAUAUUAUUAUUAAUAUUACAAUCAUUAUUAUUAUUAUUAUAGUUAUCCCUCAGAACUCCAGUGGCACGCCUUUUAAAGAAACUUUAAAAACACGUCUGAGUCCCUGGACGCUACCCUCUCCUCUACACCCAAGCACCUGGAAAUGUUCUUUUACCAAUUCCAAUAAGUAUUGUAGAUAUAUACUAUAUACUUGUGUAUAUAGCCUUAACCACCUGUUUAUUACCGUAACAAUGAUAGCAAAGGUCCCAUAACCUUAAUGAAAUAAUAAUAAUAAUAAUGUUACCUGAGCCUUAACAAAGUAUUACUUGUACCAUAAUGUUGCCCUAAAACUAUCCAAACCUUAAAGAAUACUUCACCCCCAAAACGAAUAUUUGUUUAUAAAUUAUUUAACCUGUAUUUCCUUAAAUUUGUGAAGAAAACUUCUGAAAACCAUCAGAUGAGUAUAGCGCGUAUAAGCAUGCAACUGUUUAUGUGGAAGUGUUAGCCUAAAUAAUAAGGUUCUUGCGAAAAUGCAUGUUUUGGAAGUAUUGAGCAUACAGCUGGAUAAAUGAGACUUGGAUUAUAUUUCACAAAUUGUGUGAGAGUUUGUAAUCAGAUGUUUGGAUAUAGUUUUGCUGUUGUUAAACGUGGCCCCCCGUUUUUUGGAUCUUCUUUGUUCACCGUGGUGGCAUACGAGAAAACAAGUUUUCUUUCCGAAUUCAAGGUAAACCAGGGUGAGUAAUUAUCCUUUUUUUAAAACUGAUUUAUUUUUCAAAAGUGGUUUAUAAAGGUUUUGGAAGGAACAGAAAAAUGAUGCUGUCAUGGCGUUUCUUUUUGUCGUUGAAUUUGGAGGAUUUCAUUUGUUGAUUCCAUGACAUGCUUUGAUAUGUGUACUUCCACUUGUGUAUGCAAUGACAUGCUUUGAUGUAAUGUAACUGAUUUGUAUGAAAUUGAUAUGAUGAAGGCCAUUCUGGCCAAUUUGUCAUGUUUUUAGUCUGGUGUGUAACAUUUCUAUCAAUAGCAUUUUAAUCAUAUGCAUCCAUGAG